AUGAGAGAGGUUAGUUUCAUACUGGAGUUCAUGAUCGAAAAUGGAAUAAAGUUGUUACGUUUUAUGAGGAUUACGAUGGACAACGAAUGGUCGCAUGAUUUCACUCUUCCCCUUUUAAAUCUACUCCGAACGACUGGAAACGAGACGGCCGCUUUCAUAAAAGCUCAAGCCAUUUGCACAAGCAAUCGUCUCCUCGAAGUGUGUGUCCGUAACUGCAAUACUUCUCAAGAAGCAUCGAUUAUUCUGGCAGGGAUCAGAUCAUGGCAUGAUGCAUGUAACAAUCUGGAAGAAGUUCGAGCACAAUUCCCUUGCUGGAAAGAGAACGGAGAACGACUUUCAAGUGUAUGUAGAGAUCAAACGAUUCGUCUUGAAAUGGAUAUGCUGAAAUUCGCCAAAAACCAGACACAGGAGAACAUUGAGACCAUUUGCAUUGACUUCGAACACUUCUCCCAUUGUUUCAUCCAAGAACACGGAAAGUAUUGUGGAUACCGUAGUGAAGUGAUCACCGCCAGAAUGUUCGAAAACAACCGUGAAGCUAUGUUCAAAAUGCUGAAGAUCCGUUGGAACACACUUCCAGCAUCGUGCAAAUACACCCAAUUGAGAAGAGACACCUAUUCAAGUGACCGGGUGAUUGCCAGAUAUCCAAUCGAGACAUGGAGUCGACCACAAUUAGAAGACCGCUUUCAUGGAAUUGUCGCAGAACUACAAAAUGCACAAAAGAAAGUUAAAGAGCAGGAGAAACAGAUUACAACAUUCAAUAGUAGAUUCCGACGUAGCAUGUUAGAAAGGAAGAGCAGGGAAGAGGAGGUUGUGGAGCGUUCGAAAUAUGAAGACGUGGUGAAAGAGAAUAAAAUAUUGGAUAUGAAGUUGAAAGCAGCAAAACAACAACUUUUAAUCUACACAGCCCCGUCUGCAAGAGCUGCAACAGCUUCAUUAAUGACUGGAAGAUCUACAUUCAGACAGCCGCCAUCAACGUUUCGGCAGAGACAACCACUCACUGCUGGAACUGGAUCAAUUGAUAGACCACCAGCAGCUCAAAUGGUUAGAAAGUGA